AUGAACACUUCAAAUACUUCGAAUGAAACUAAAGCCAUUCCGAUCAUGACUGUCCGCGUUGUUGCUUUUAGUAGCUUUCCAGUAUUUAUACUAGGAAUAACAUUAAAUUUAUUACUGAUCAGAAUUUUAUUUACUGAUCCUAACUUCCGUAAAACAACUUAUCGUCUAAUACGAAUGGCAGCAAUAUCUGAUGCUAUCGGUGGGAUAACAUUUCUUCCUGUGAUAGUCCUUUUUUGGAUUGAGAGAGAUUAUAAGCUCAGCGCCAUUGUGUGUAAAAUCAGCUUUUCUAGCAAUUAUGUAUCUACUUCCAUUUCUACUAUGACAUUAGCAUUAAUCGCAGUGGAUCGCUAUUUCGUUGUCAUUAGACCACUCUCGAUGUUUUAUAAAUGCCAUAAAAAAAAAUUUCUCAUUUUAACUCAAAUCUUUAUUUGGAUAGCAUCGAUAUCGAUUGCAUCACCAAUCCUAGUGUUUCUAACUGCGAUCCCUGGCAAACUUUCUGUUUGUGAUUAUGCUGUUAAGGACCUUUCUGUUUCGAUAUAUAUUUUCCAUUUAGUAACUCUGACUUAUAUUAUUCCUGUUACCAUCAUUAUUAUCGCUUAUACAAAAAUUAUAAUCUUUCAAAGAAAUUAUACCAGGCCUGGAUUUUGGACAUCGGAGCAGCUUCAAGAUGAUUUCAUGAAAAGAAUGAAAUUUAACAAAAUGCUAAUAUUUAUAACAUGUUGUUAUGUAGGGAUAGGAAUCCCUCAUUUAUUUUCUACUAUGAUCUUAGCAGCAAUGGGGCAAACAUUUACACACGCUUCUGGCAAUAGUGCUAUUUUAGCAGCUGUUAUUCAGGCUUCUGUCGCUUGUAUGUAUGCAAUAGGUGUUCUCAAUCCGCUUGUCUAUAUAAUAUUUGAUAAACAAAUCAGGAUCGCUAUGUUCUCAAAAUUGAAACGACUGUUCUGUUGUAACUGCUAA